AUGACCCAAAGAAAGGUCUUCUUGGACACAACUAGACUGCUUGCAGAAAAAACAAAUAAUGUACUUGAAGAGCUCUGGAAUUACAUGGAGGAUGGAAAAAUUAUCCAGUCUGCUGUUCUACUACUGGCUGCUCAAGAGCAGAUCCGUGGGGGCAGUUCUUCCAAGAUAAAUGGCAGUAGUAAGAAAAAUGGGUUUGACAUUAUCAAUAAAUGUAUAAUGAGGCGUUCAUUUGCCUUGAGAUGGGAGAAAGGUUCACAUGCAAUGGCACCGGAGCUUCUGGAGGAAAGGAAGACACUUACUGAUUGCGCAUGGCUGCUUGUUGAUGUAAUUUCCCAUGCCGGUGAAGAUCUUUCUGCAUACAUUCAAACGCAUUCUGAGGUGCCCCAUGUGGAUGUCUUUCAACAUGUUUCACGUAUCCUCAAGGAGUAUGGAUUUUGCCCUAAUGGAGAUCCCAUGGACACUAUAAACCUCCAGCCUUAUGACUGCAGAAAGUCAAACGGAGAGUCAUGCAAAGGGCUUACAGAUGCAAACAUGGCAGUUAUGGAAUCGGCCAAUCUGGAUGCUGGAGAGAAAAAGGUCACAACUGUUGAAAAUGACGACCUCUCCCUUAUGGCACGGCAACACACCAAACAAACACAGGCUGUGAGAAAGAAAGUAGGUGGAGGAUGGGAUCCCACAUAUACAAAGAGAAGUUUUUUCCCAUACUGGAGAUCAGUGUUACAAGCCCGGCUUCCUUUGAAGGUGUAUCCAGCCUAUGCAAGCUCAGGUCCUAGUCCAAAUCAUAAACUUGGUCCGUUGCGAAGAACCUUGCCACUUACAAGCAACAAUCAACCCAGAAGGUGCUUUGCCACUGCUGCUAUUGGUGCAUUCAGGCUCUUGAAGGUGCUAAAGUAGAGUAGAAAGGUAUGCCAUGAGUUUCGUCUCCCCGUCCCAAAUUUUCUGAGCAUGCCCCACAUGAUUUAUAGUAGUAUGUUUUUGUUUUCUUAGGGAAUUCCCAACCUUGGGAAAUAUUUAUGCAACACAUUUGAUCCUGUGGACAGGGUAGUAUUACUGAACCAAACACCCAACACUUGUUAAUGCAGUGGCUUCUAUUGAUGCUCACCAUGGUGCUGCUCCAUUAACUAAACCAUGUUAAAGCUUGCAAUCAGAAUGAGCGGCUUCUAUUGAUGCUCACCGACAUGGAGUUUUUUUCUUUUUGACGAUCAUUUUUUUACAUGGAGUUGAGUAGUGCUUCUUCAAUCACCAGCCAAAGGAAAGCUGGUGAUCUCUGGAUUGAGUGGGGAAAAUGACUGGCCUGAACUAAAUUUCCGGCUUAUGACGCCGAACAAUGCAUCCGAAUUUCAUUUC